UUCCUGCACCCUAGUAGUGCGGUACCCAGACCGGCGAUCGCCGCGCCGCCGCCUCCGGUUCCUCAGGCGGAUCCACCACCGUCCCCCCGCCGGCCGCCGCGGAGAUCCUCCGCGCGCCGUUUGAUGCAGUCCCAUGAGCUAACUUCAAACAGGCACCUAUUUGCCCUUGAAUCGGUGCUGUGAGCGAAGGUGAGCUCGGUCGCUCACGCCAUGUCGAGGUUGCGGGCGCUCUGGCAAGCCUCCGUUAACGCUACUAAGCGAGCAAUUGUAUGGAAUUCAGAAGAUCUAAUCCCGCCAAGUGAAAAGUACAUCUUCAAUUUUAACUCAAAAGAUGAGCUGAAAAGAUGGCACUUGUAUUCGGAUUCUGAGUAUGGAGGUUUAUCUUCUGCGUCAUUGGAGGUUACUGAUGGUGUUGCUGGUGGGGAUACUUCAUCAACUGGUGUCUUUUCUGGCAACCUCUCUCUGGAUAUGUCCGAGGGAUCAACAUGGAAGAUAAGGCGUAGUGGUUUCUGUGGAAUGAGAUCAAAGAAGUUUAAUGGUUUCAUUGAUCUUGAUGCAUAUGAUACAAUAGCAAUGAAGCUCAGAGGGGAUGGAAGAUGCUACAUAUCUACUAUAUACACAGAGAACUGGGUGAAUUCACCUGGACAACAGGAAGAUAAUUCGUGGCAGGCCUUUGUGUACCUACCCCAGGACAGAUGGCAAAUCAUGAAGAUCCCUCUUGAUUCGUAUCUACCUACAUGGAGAGGAAAUGUGAUCGAAGCACAGAUGGAGAUGAACCCUGCUCGUGUUGUGGGAAUGUCUCUCUCUGUAAAUGUGGAAGGCGGUGUACCUGGUGCAAAGAUUGGACCAGGCGAUUUUAGGCUAGAGAUUGAUUGGAUCAAGGCUCUGAGAACACUGUAAUUUUGUAGUUUCCACAAGUUGUUCUGUAGGAUUUCGCAGGCCUGGGAAUUUCUUAUAGCUUCUACUUUGAUCGUCUAGCUCCUUCACAGAAAAAAAUUCCUUUUUAUGUGAUAAUUACUGGAUAUCAUGAAGCAUGGAGAAUAACCGAUCGUAUUUACAGAUUGUCAACUGUUUUAUCCACUUGAGAGGCAUGAGGUUUGUAUCAGUCAAUAAAACAUGAUAUUGCAAGGAUGACGCUGUUGAGCGCUAGUAAUGAAUACAGAUGUGUCACCUGUUCGGUUCUUCCUGUUGUUUAUGACC